AUCCGCUCAUACUCGAGAAUACACUUUCCGGUAAAACACUGGGUUCUCUGCUUGAAGGUAUUUCGUGGGUGACAGCACUGGAAGAAAAGCCCAGUGAUUUUCCUAAAUGCGUUCCUUUUUGGGGUAAAGCUAAUAGUGGAAUGUUAUGCAGGCCGAAGGACGUCAAGGGUAGGGAGCAUCUCAACCUCAUUGGUUCAGUACAACCCAUCAUUGACGUGGACCAGUCAAGUCAGCUAUCCAGUUACUUUGAGUGGAACGAGAAACCACAAGUAUCUAACGUCGUUAAUCACUUAGAAACCGCCAUCAACCACUAUAACAAAGAAGAAAGACCGCGAUUCAGUUUGCUUGCCAAAGAAAUUUAUGAAUUUCUGAUUAAGGAGAACAGGAGUGAUGUCGUGGAAGCAAUAAAGGGUUUGAAAGACACUGGUUGGAUUUGGAACGGCGACGGAUUCUCCUUUCCUAACGCUGUCGUCCUGAACAACCAUUCCAUCGAUCUGUCACCGUACAUUUCUGUUCUUCCCUCAGAGAUGUACAUGUACUCUUAUCUGUUCAGCUCUUUUGGCAUUCACAAAGACUGCAGUGAGCACUUGAUGCUUGAUGUUCUUUCCAUGAUUAAACAAAAGUACGACCAGGGUCCCUAUGAAACAUCAGACGUGAAAAAAGAUCUGGCUUUAUGCAUUUCCAUCCUGAAUGAAUUGAAGCCAGAUAAUAAUCGACAAUUAUCACCUGAAGUUCAAGAGAAAAUUCUUUUGCCAACCUACGUAAAAGGAGAUGCACGUGUUGACCUUGCACCAGUAGAAAAAUGCAUGUAUGGUGAACAUGACGGAUCAGAAGCAGAAAGUGAGGAUGACGAGAUGGAAUUUUUACUAGUGCAUCCAAACAUCCCAACAGGAACAGCAGAGCUUUUUAAUGUGCGAAGCCUCAGUAACUGCCUACUAGAUCCAGACGAACUAGCGUUGGGGGAAGAGUUCGGACAGGAGGAGAAGCUCACGCGAAGGCUAAAUAGACUGCUGGAGGAAUACACCGAUGGAUUUGCGGUACCCAAAGAGCUUAUUCAGAAUGCAGAUGAUGCUGGCGCCACAGAGGUUCGCUUUUUGUAUGAUGAGCGAACUAAUGAGGAUGCGAUACCCGGCCUGAUUGACGAAGGAAUGAAACACUGUCAGGGUCCAGCACUGUGGGCGUACAAUGAUGCCGAAUUCAAGGAUGAGGAUUUUGAGAACAUAACAAAAUUGAACGGUGCAACGAAAGAGAACGAUACUGAAAAGAUUGGAAAAUUUGGACUGGGUUUCAAUGCAGUAUACAACCUGACGGAUGUCCCCAUGUUUGUGAGCCGUAAUCAUUUUGUUAUUCUUGAUCCCAACACGUUCUAUCUAGGGAAACAAAUCAGGAACAAGACUAAGCCGGGAAUAAAGCUUGAUACUAACAAAAAUGCAAAAAAGCUGCGAAAGUUUCGAAAUCAAUUCAAGCCAUUCAAUGGUAUCUUUGGUUGUGAUCUUUAUCUCAACCAAGACGACAACUCGUACAAAGGGACGCUAUUUCGCUUUCCCUUACGAACUGAACAUCAGGCUAUACAAAGUGAAAUAAAGAAACUUGUUUACAACCGGGAGCAAGUUCAGGAGCUGUUGAAACGUGUCAAUCAAGGAGCCGAAGCAUUGCUUCUGUUUACUCAAAAUGUUCGUCAAGUCAGCAUCUUCCAUUUACCUAAUGAAUUAACUGACCAGUUAGAGCCCAGGAAGAUAUUUGAGGUCACCAAAUCAUUAUCACAGGCUGGGGUCAGUCGGGAACUGCCUUAUACAAUUACUCUCCCAAAUACUGCCACGAAGCUGUGCACAGAAGAUCAGUACUUGUUGAAACAGUGUAAUUUUCUGCGUGCAUCAUCUGAAGUCAACAAUCCAAACCAUGAAAACAAGGAGUCCGCUGCUGCUCUCCUUAAUUCCGCGCUCACACUGAAGAUCAAGAGCACCGUAUCGGAAUACGGCAACAGGUUCUUGGAAUAUAGCGUUUCGGGUAAUGAUGACACUUGGCUCGUUGUCUCAUCUAUGGGCAAAGGUGAAGCAAUGCCAUUUUCAAAGGAAGACAGGAGUCUUCUUGCAUCAGCGGGGGUAGGUGUUAAGUUAUCAACUCAAGAUUCUCUGAUUCCAGUCCCUUUUUCCGAUGAAACCAAAGGUUCGAAUGCAAAUGCCAGUGUUUUUUGUUAUCUCCCACUUCCAAUUUGUAGUGGACUACCUGUACACAUAAAUGGAACGUUUGCAGUUUCCUCAAACAGACGAAACUUGCUGGUGAAAACCGAAGACGAUAAGGCUAGCUUUGGACAAGAGUGGAAUGAAGUACUUUUAAAAGAUUGCGUUUGCACUGCGUAUUUUGACCUUCUUGAAGACUUAAAGUCUAUUUCACAGUUCCCAAACAACGCAUACCAAUACCACACACUGUGGCCAAAAUGCAACGAAGUAAUUUCAACUUGUGAGCCCCUUGCACGUACAUUCUAUGAAGAUCUUUUAUUAGGCAAUAAAGCUGUUUUUUCGGAUGGCACGAGUUGGAUGGCCAUCAAUGAAACUGUCUUCCUAACUCCAGACCUACGGGAGGAUUCUCAAAUAGGAGACUUAUGCUUCGAAGUGUUCAAAUUGUUGGUUGAAGAUAAUGCAGCUGUAAUUGAUCUACCCAGAAAUGUGUUUUACUCAUUUAAGAAGUAUGGUCUUAAAGAAAAAAUCCACUCCCGAAGCUACGAUGAGAGAAGGUUCUUCUUGGAAUUGUUCUUCCCAAAGAUUGGUUUAGUGCCCCCUGACUCGAGGGACAACUUGGUCCUGUAUGCCCUUGAUCCUCAAAGAAAGGAGUUCAGCGAUGCAAUGAAAACCUAUGCUUGCAUUCCAGUAUCACCAGAUCGUCAUAAGCUAAAAUGCCCCUCUCAGCUUAUUCAUCCUAAUAGAUCUGCAGCGUUUCUAUUUUCUCCCAAAGAUGAAAGGUUUCCGGAAGAAACAUUCAGGCACCCUCUUCACCUUCAUCAACUGGAGCAGCUAGGAAUGUUAACAGACGAUCUUCCUUGGUCUGAACUUGUAGAAAGGGCAGAAUCUGUCCUAAGUCUGAGCCAAACUUGUAGCAAGGCUGCAUUGGAGAGGGUGAGAUGGCUCGUAGAGUUUCUCGAAAAAAAGUAUAAACAUGAUGGAAGUUGCCUUCCUUCGACCACUGAGACGCAACGCCUUUUAAGAACCAAAUUUCUUCCAGUUCUUGCCAAGCCUCACACCUUUCCCCUGGCAUGGAAAGGCGAUGAAAUGAUUCACGGGAAUGAACUUGCAUUGGUAUCACCAACUCAAGGCUUUUUAAGGAAAAACUUGUACCUCGCGUGCUCUUCUGCACCAAUCAUAGACGCUAAUAUACCACGAAACGUGGAACGACUACUUGAGUUCGAUAACCGAGAGGUCACAACGGAACAAGUUAUAAUCCAGUUAAAUGAGGCCAUCUCCACCAAAUUUGAAGUCUGUGGUAUGGAAGAUGUGAUUAACGUUUGUAAUGCAUGUUACAGCUUCCUUGAAGAUGUACUUCCGAUCCAUGCAGAUCAAAUAGCUAAGUGUUUUGAAGAAAGAAAGUUCGUACUUGUUGGAAACGGGUUUGUACGUGGAAAUCAAGUUUCGUUGUCGCUACCUGCGGACUGCUCUCCGUAUUUGUACAAGAUCCCUGAGGAAUUGGUCAGGUACUCAAAGCUCAUGAAAGAAGUUGGUGUAAGAGAUCAGUUUCAGGUGGAAGAUUUUAUAUCUGCACUUCAACAGAUCAAGCAGGAAUGUGGAGAGCAGAAGGUGGAUAGUAACACGUUGGUUGUUGUCUGCACCCUAGCAACUCAACUAAGAGAAGCGCUGGAAACUCGCGGAGCUCAUUGCACAACAGAACAAAAGAGGAGUUCCAUUUAUCUUCCUAACCAGAAGGGAGAAAUGCGACCUGUAAGUGAGCUUUGCAUUAAAGACUGCCCAUGGAUUCCUGGCGGCCCUGGUUUCCAGUUUGUUCAUUCAGAUAUUCCAUGGCCAACAAGUCUUGCAUUGGGGGUCAAAACACUCAAAGAAGAGGCAGUACGAGAUCGUGCCUUUGGAAUUUCGUUUGGACAAAAGGAGAAACUGACAAAUCGUCUAAAGAGAAUUCUCACAGGCUAUCCUUGUGGAAAAGGACUUUUGAAAGAACUUCUCCAGAAUGCAGAUGACGCACAAGCAACUGAGAUCUGUUUUAUAAAGGACCCCCGUAAUCAUCCAAAGAACCAAUUGUUUGAUGAAAGUUGGGAACCGUUUCAAGGACCAGCGUUAUGCGUAUACAACAACAAGCCGUUCACUCAUUCUGAUAUUGAGGGCAUACAAAACCUCGGGGAGGGUAAUAAAGGAGGUGAUCCACACAAAACAGGCCAGUAUGGCGUGGGUUUCAACGCUGUCUACCACCUGACCGACAUCCCCUCAUUUAUGUCCAAAAUUGACGACAAUGAUGUUUUGUGUGUAUUUGAUCCAAAUUGUCACUACGUUCCUGGCGCCAAUCCUCAAGAACCUGGGCGAAUGUACACACAAACCUCAAAGUUGAAGGAAUACUUUCCAGAUGUGUUCCACUGCUAUCUUGAAGAAAAGUUUCCCAUUGAAAAUUCAACUAUGUUCAGAUUUCCCCUAAGAACUCAAGAAAUGGCUGAUAUGUCGGAUUUGUCAUCCACUCCAUUUACGCUAGAAGCAUUGAAUGACAUGAUGGAGUCUCUCAAGGAAGAGCUUUUUGAAGUUCUAGUUUUUGUUAACAGUGUGAAGAAAAUAACGUUGUGUGACAUAGAUGAGGAAACUGGCAAUGUAACUAACUGCUACUCAGUGGAAGCAGUCAUCUCCGAGAACGAUGCAGCUAAGAGACAGCGGUUUGCGAACCACGUCAGACAGGUUGGGAAGUCAAUAAGGCAGAAAGAUGACGUCUCGUUCAGCAACGUUGGGGUGGAGAAGUGCAGCUACGUCCUCCUCUUAAGAGACAGCCUCGGAAAUGAGGAAAAGUGGUUAAUUGUUCAACAAAUGGGUUUCGAGCAAGAAGUUAAAACGAGUAUAGUCGAUGCCUUUCGAAAUCGUGACCUUGGAAUGCUUCCGCGAGGUGGCUGUGCCUGUCUCAUAGAAACCGAGUCCAUGAAACCUAAAAAGAGGAAAAAGAGAGCUUAUUGCUUUCUUCCACUUCCACUGGAAACAGAUCUCCCUGUCCACAUUAAUGGUCAUUUUGCAUUGGACCACGAGGCUAGAAGAAACUUGUGGAGAGAUGAGGACGGUGGUUAUCGUAGUGACUGGAACAACAUUUUGCUGAGCGAUGUUAUAGCGUCGUGCUACUUAACACUUUUAGACGAGGUUAGAAACUUUCUUCACCUCCCAGCUUCGCCUUUGAGUUCAAAGUUUAGUCUGAGUUGUAGUAAAGAUGAAUUAUUCCAGAAGGUGAACAGAUUCGAGAAGCUGUUUCCUCGCACCUCUACCAUUCCAUAUUGGGCUAUGCUGAUCAGCGCUGUGUAUCAAGGAAUGGAUGCAAAAAGCUUACGCUAUCUUCCAGUGGUAAGAGAUGCUCCAGAUGGCAAAGUUAACAGUUUCGAACUUACUUGGUUUCCUCCGUGUGGCACUGGAAGCGAUAAAGCCUAUUUUAACGACAUCCACAUCAAGGGAUGUUAUUCUACUCCGCCAGGUAAAGAAGAGAAUGAAGUCAGAAAGGAACUACUUGCCAUCCAGAGGGCCUCAUUCGAGUCAAUACUGCUUCAAACAGGCUUUAAUCUUUUGCAUCUUUCCUUGAAAAUUUUAGAAGCGUUUGAGCAUUCUAAGGUUAAAUGCUACCGUACUUCCCCUUGCUCUGUCACUGAGUUCUACAAGACUCCGCUUACCAAUGUAACAUCUUUACCUGUUGACGUUACAAAAACUCCAUUCAAGAACAGCGAAGGUGUGACGCUAACGCUACGGUACUGCAAGGACCUCAGAAAUUUCUUGGAUCAUCUUCCUGGCCUCCCAUUGUUACUUACACAAGACAACUUCCUUCGUAUGUUUAGCACAAAAGAUCGCAAGUACCUUUCCCACUAUCACGACAUUUUGCCACAGUCAAAGGACAUGUUCGUCCAUAAACAACUUUUGUGCGACAUUUUUCCUGAAUGUAAUUGGAUGAUUCAGAGGGCAUCUGUCUUCAUGGCCUUUGAUGUUCACGCUUUUUCAAAGCACUUGCAAAGAACACGCUCACUGCAACAUUUGGGAGCAUGUGAAAUCAAUAUGUGGUCCCCAGAACAUCCUACGGAGCCAAAUCAUCGUUGGACUUUCAGAGUGUGGAGCUUUUUGGCUGAGUCAUGGAAAAGCACCAACCACAACACGGAUACUGUUACCAUGCCUCUAUCUAACUGGAGCAUAAUCCCUGCAACUGAGCAAGUUGUUUUAUCAACAGCCGUGGAUGCAGCAGUCCAAGAUAUCUGCAAACGAAAUGUUCUUGUUCCAGUUCACUUAGCAAAUUGUGUUUUGGCAUUCACAGAAAGUGAUCAGCAGCAAAGGGCACCUUUAGUAAAAGCUAUCAGAGCGGUAGGUCUUUUUGAGUUAAACUCCGCUGUAUUCUCUCCCUUAAACAAGCCUCCGCCAUUGUUUUCAGAUUCAUACACCUUGGCCAAGAGAGUCGUAGGGUCCUUGGAGAAUCCAGCAUCACUUCUUGCAUCCCUUUACCACAAAUUGAGCUCGAACCAAUGUUUUCAAAUAGGAGCACUGGAACGUGGUAACUGUCUAACGAUCCUGCGGUACUUCAACGACAGAAUACUAGGCAAUCCGCGCCUACAGACGUCCACACUACGAAGGCUUCCCUUUUAUCCGUCAACAACUGGUGACAUGAUCAGCCUUGCAGAUAAACAAGUUACAGUCCUAUCAUCUGAAAUACCACAAAUAGGGUUGGAUGCUGUUCACAAAGAAGACAAUAUGGUGUUUCUAGAGGACGUUCCAGAGUUAUCAGAAUUGUACCGUUUUCUCGCAUUUGAUUCUCCUGGACCUGUAGACGUCUAUCGCGCGUUUGUGUUGCCACAUUUCAGUGCGCUUACCAAAGAAGCUAGACAGACCCAUCUUGAGUAUAUUAAAGACAAGUUGCUACCAAGUUUGUCAGAAAGCAAUGGGGACAAGCAGAAGCUAAUGGAAAGCCUGAAAACCACAGCAGUGAUUACCACACAAAAAGGAAUGCUGGAAAAGGCAUCAUCCUUCUACGAUCCGCUAAAUAAGAUUUUCAGGGUCAUGCUUCCAGAGCAUAAGUUUCCACCUGAACCGCUGAACUCUACAGCAUGGUUGAAGUUUUUGAGAAAAAUUGGCCUGAAACAUCAAGUUUACCCAGACGAUUUCAAGGGAUUUGCUAAGAAAGUUGCAAGUGACGCAGCAAAACAGCGCUCUACAGAGACAGAUAAACAGUCAAAACUUUUGGUGUCUGAAUUGCUAAGUCGCUCCGAUUUGCUAAAUGGGGGGCUUCUUGAAGCUGUUCGCAGUAUUGAUUUUGUGAUGUUAGAUCCAGUCUGUAGUAAGCUCCAGGCUUUACACAGGCAACAUGGGCAAAGAGAGAAUGGAACACUACCAUAUACUGCAUUUCAGGACACUGUUGUUUCUGAUCAUACUGAGUGUGUUUGGACAUCGGCUCACCCCCUCCCAAAGUGGGCACAUCCACAAGAGCAAUCAGAUUUAAAGAUUCCCUCCUUGAUGUCCAGAGAAGCAUUCUGCGUCAAAAUCCUUGAGCAUCUCAAAGUCCUAACAGAGCCAUCCUUAGAAACAGUUACAUCUCACUGUCGCAAUAUUUCCUAUCAACUUUUUGAAGAAAAUGGCAGCAACGUCUCAGAUGAGCAGUGCAGCAUAAGGAAGUCCGUCAUGAAAAAAAUCUACAAAUUUUUCCAAGAGAGGGUCAUUUUGAGCAAGGAGGUAAUAGCAGACCUGCAAAAUGUCCCUUGUAUUGUGGUUGAAGAGGGAGCACGCUUUGUCAGAGCUGAGCAAGUAGUCCUAGAAAUGGUUGAGAGCCUUGAAAUAAAACCGUUUCUUUAUCGAGUACCACCUGAUCUUGGAGAGUUUCAUAACCUGUUUCAUCUUCUGGGCUGUUCCAAAUUUGCCACAAUGUCACACUACGCCAUGGUUUUGGAAAUGCUACAGAAGCAGAGUCAGGGUAAUAAACUGCUUCCCGACGAGAUCAAUAGCGCGUUAGGCGCUCUACGAGGACUACUAGAAGGCCUGCGAGAGGAUACAAACCCAGAAAUAGGCUUCAAACAACUCUACUUACCAGCAAUGAAACUCACUAGCAGCCCAACAGAUUCGCCUCCAGUUUCUCUGCACAAGUCUUCUGAGUUGUUAUUUGAUGAUUCUCCACAUUUUCAUCCUCGGUUAAAAAAAUUCAAUCAGCUAUUUGUUGUUGACGUAAGGAAGGUAGGGGUAAAAAGUAGCUCAUCUGUAAACUACAAAGACCUUCUCAUGCGCCUUCCAUCUGCUGUUCGACCCCAGAUGCUAUCUCAAGUGGUUACGGAGGAAUUUACUGACUCUUCAGAAGGAAGUGAAUUUGCAGCUAAGCUUCAAAAUGCAGAUUCAUUGGAAAGACAGCUUUGCUCGGAACAAUUCUUUCGAGGAAUUGUGAGACUUAUUCGACAUGAGAACAAAGAAAAUGAAGUUCCUAAUGAAGAUGUUUUCGCUUCCAUCAACGACAGACUAAGGAGCAUUGAAUUCCUUGGACUAAACAAAAUUAAAACAAAACUGGUUUACCAAGGUAAUCUCAUUCCUGAUAGCGAAGGUGAAGUUUCGUACUUCGUAGGUAAGGUUUCAGCACCAGCAGGCAAAAGCAUUUGGAAGGUCUAUCUUAGACCUGAUGUAGAUGAAAACCUCUCUAAAUUAUAUUUGGCCGUAACUCAAGUCAUUGCUGAAGUAUGUGAAGGAUUGCUGGGAGAAGCAGUGAUGUUUAUUCAAGAGAUGUUACGCAUCCAUCCUAGUGAGAUUUGGUCCAUGUUGGAUGAGGCGAGCAUUGGGCAAGACGAUUCAUACGAGUCAAGGAGUAAUCCUGUACCAAUCCCCGGAAGUUUUAUCCCAAUAGAGGACCACCAUCUGUUGAACGAAGAUUUUGAGAAGGUCACACCUGGGGAGUAUGUUGGUUAUGAAAUAGAGGAUCCAAGUAUGCAACAAAAGGAAGGAGAUGCAACUUUCAUUUACGCCGUGAUAGUAGAAGAAGUAAAUGCUCAGGAAGAUGCAAGCCUCCUUUCAAAGUUUUACAAGGUCAACGUAGGUAAAGACAAAGAACCUCAAGAAGUCGAGUUUGCAGACUUGUACAAAUUUCACCGUCUCCAAUCCUCCCCACUAGGCUUGUCCGAUGGGCUGGAGAAAGGUAAAACAACUGACAAACAGAUGAUUUUUAAGCAGGCCUCAGAGAUCCUGGUGGAAGCAUGGCGACUACCUGAAAAAAGGCGUAGGAAAAUUGUCAAACGACUUUUCCUUAGGUGGCAUCCAGACAAAAAAUCUGGAGACAAAACAUUGUGUGACGAAGUUUUACAGCACAUCCAGAAAGAAAUAGCAAGGUUAGAAAGUGUCCAGGGCGACGAAAAAGAUGGCCAAAGUUUCUACGAGCCGUUUUUUUAUUUCUGGAAAGUACGCGCCAAGCGUCAACAUACGCAUCGCGUAAAAUACAGAACAAACUUUCGAGAAAUGUAUGGCUCCUGUGAUGAGGUCUUUGGAAGCGAUUCAUCUUCUGGUGUUCCUCCAAGUUUUUGUACGAAGAAUCCUCAGCCUUGCGAGGCUAGGCGAUGGCUUAGGCAAGCCGAGGCUGAUUGGGGAGCUGCCAGCAAUGACUUAUCCACUGGAAACCCAUCUUAUGAGUGGGCGUGCUUUAAAUGUCACCAGAGUGCCGAGAAGGCUCUGAAAGCAGCGCAAUAUGCUGAUGAUGCAUUCAAGAUAAAUCGUCACGAUCUCAGUCAAAAUGCCUCUCGGCUGAACGAUUCCGAACUGUUGGAACUUGCAACCCAGCUGGAGCGCCGAUUGGUCGAUUCAACACACAUGCGCUACCCAGAUCGAAUGUGCUAUCCUCAGAUUCCAAAAGAUGUUUACUCAGACGAGGACGCUCGUGAGGCUCUGAGACUAGCUAACGAAAUUCUUCAGAGAGUUCGCAAUUUGGUUCCAAAAUAGACUAGUCAUUACAGAAAUGACCUCUUCAAAAGUGUAGUAUGUAUACCUUUGGUAGGAACAAACCUUUAUGGCCUUUAAUUCAAACUGCUAGAAAUAGUUUGAAGGUGAUAUAUUCACAGUUAUUUGUUUCAUUCUUGAUUGUUGACAAGCAAUUAACCGCCUGGUUUUAAUCAGCAUUUCUUUACAAUUUAUUUAGUACAUAUCUACAUUAAGUGAAUGUAAACAAGCGAUACUUUUUAUCAAUAGUAAUUAGGAGAUGCAAUGAUGAGACUAUAGAUAAGCAAAUAUAUGGAGAGUUGAUUUUUCUUAAGUCCUAAUCUUGAAUCGUUGCGAGAUCGAAAAAGUCUUGCAUGGUAGUUUAAACUCUUCUGUGAUUUUUUUUUCUUAAGUGCUUAAUAGUAACGCUAUAGAAGAAAGAUCUCUUAAAUUGUCUUAAUUAGGAUAAGAACUUCACAACAACGUUUAGCAUGAAGAACCCGUUUAAAGUAUCAGUUGUGGCUGUCCUUUGAUGAGCAUCAUACUCUUGCCAUAAUGUUUUUCAUACCAGUGUUAAAAUAGAGAUAGUUUAAUCAGUAUGUUAUUCAAUAUAAUUUUUUUAACCUAAAUUGCUAAGUUUUCGUGUCUAUCUGACUGCCAUAGUUUAAAGAGUAGUUUUUUUUUACGAUUAUCGAUUACAUUAAACCAAACGCAUGGAGUUUAUGGUUUAAUCUAGAAGUUAUCAACCCUUAAAGGGUGGUAAGUAUCUAUAAUUUCUCCUUAAUAAUGAUCAAUUAGUAUGCAAUUCAAAAUCAUUGUUUACCUCACUGCUUGUUUUCAUGUCUACAUGUACAGAUAAAGAAUAAAAGUGCAUUGAAGAUUA